ACCACUGUAACGGUGGACUGGGGCUUGGUCGAAGUUUUCAGAUGCAUCUGUAGAUGAAUCAUAACAGCAUCAAGAUGUCGGGACGAUCAGGCCGCGCUGAGACUCGAAGUCGGGCUAAAGAUGACAUUAAAAAGGUCCUGGCAGCCAUCGAGAAGGUGCGCAAAUGGGAGAAGAAAUGGGUGACAGUUGGAGACACAUCUUUACGCAUAUUCAAAUGGGUGCCAGUAACAGAAACAAAGCAGAUAUAUCGCACCAAAUCCACAGGUGGAGAUAGAGGACUGAAAGAUGUGGUCCUGGAAAACACAAAUUCUUUACUGGAUUUCACCGAUGAAAACAGCAACCAGAGCUUUCUGUCAGACGUUUAUCAACCUAAAAUGGAUAACAGCAGCAGCACUUCAAGCUCGCAGCAGGUCAGCCCUCCACACACCUCCAGCCUCCGUACCGAAGACUCUCAGCCCCCGAUGCUGGGCCAGGAGAGUGUGGACGAACCAGUUCAUUCAGGACAGGAGGGGGCUGAUGAGCCUCCCACUCUCAUCAAGGAGGACCUUCUUUCAUCAGGAGCCGUCAGACGGAGCACCCCAGACACACAGGAGGAAUUGGCUGAAUCAGGAGCACCCCCUUUAAAGAAGAUUUGCACAGGAGAAAAUGCUGCUCUGAGAUAGCUCAUUUGUAAUAAUUUUGUCAAAAUGCACACGAUACCUGUCCUCAGUUGGAUUAGCUGAGCUUACAAAAUGAUUCCAAGAUUCUCUUGACAUAUUUACGCAAAUUUUACAUUACAGCAAAUGAGAAAAAAAUGUUUUUACAGCAAAAUCCUUGUUCACUUUUAAAAGGACUUUAAAGUA